AUUGGAGCUUGAUUCCAGUGUUUUAUUAUGAACGCUAGCUCGUCAGUAUUUUGAUCGCAACAGUCUUCACCGUGUUUUGCAAACAAACAUGUCGACAACGCCGACCAGUCCGCAGGGUGUACCGUACGAAGAACUUCCACAUUUUGUGAAUGCAGACGGGUUACAUAUCUAUACCAAAUGCUGGCAACCUACCUGAUAACUCCACGCCAAGUGCCUUAUGUUUAAUCCUGCAUGGAGUUGGUGAACAUUGUGAACGAUAUGACACUGUAGCCGCACCGCUCACUGGCAGUGGCAUUAUGGUCUUUGCCCAUGAUCACGUUGGCCAUGGUCAAAGUGAAGGUAUCCGUGUAGAUAUAAAAGAUUUUAAUAUUUACGUGAGAGACACGAUACAACAUGUGGACAGAAUAACAGAGCAUUAUCCAAAUCUACCAGUCUUCCUCAUUGGACAUUCCAUGGGUGGUACAGUUGCAAUCCUGGCUGCAAUGGAAAGGCCGGAUCAGUUUACGGGUAUGGUUCUUGUAGCGCCUGCUGUAGUGGAAAAUCCAGAAACAGCCACAACAUGUAAGGUGUUUAUGGCCAGGAUAUUGGCGUAUUUAGCCCCACAAUUUGAAAUUGGAAAAAUUGAACCAAAAUAUAUUAGUAGGGACCCGAAAGAGGUGGAGCGUUAUGCAACGGAUCCUCUUGUUUGGCAUAGGGGAAUGAAAGCCAGGUGGUCAGUACAGACUUUAGAAGCCUUGAAACAACUCCAGGAGAAUAUGUCCGAGAUUAAGGUGCCAUUCUUGGUGAUGCAGGGAGAUAAAGACGUCCUCGUAGAAAGUGUAGGUGCAACAUUACUGAUGGAAAGGGCCCAGAGCAAGGAUAAACAAGCGCAGAUUUAUCCUGGGUACUAUCAUGCUCUACAAUUUGAACCACCGCAAGAUGCGGCAAUUGUGCUGCGAGACCUGACGUCUUGGAUUGUGACAAGGAUGAAACAGGCUCCAUAG